GUAAUGACAGACAGCAAACAGAUUUAAAAAGUAAAGUGUUUACGAAAUGGAACGUCACUUUUCUCUUCCAUGAAUAAAAAUUAUUUUACAAACAGUCCUGGUUUGUUAUGUGUUUAUAAUAUCUUACAGCUGUAAUUUAGUUAGUGUUAAAGUAAAAUGGCAGAUUUCGAUGCAAUUUAUCCAGAUGAGACUGAGAGUGAAGAGAAUAUAGAAGAAACACAUGUGACGUUAGUGCCUGAUCCCAUCGUAGUUCGAGGAGCUGGUAAUAUGACAGUUUUUGGUCUAAGCAACCGGUUCAACACGGAAUUUCCCUCGGGGCUGCAGUCCCGCGUGGCGCCCGAGGAGUACCAAGCGACAGUGGCGCGCAUCAACAGUGUAUUGAAGAAAACACUACCGGUCAAUGUCAAGUGGCUGUUCUGCGGGUGCGUCUGCUGCUGCUGCACUUUGGGAUGCUCUCUAUGGCCAGUCAUAUGUCUUAGUAAAAGGACUCAACAUUCAUUGAACAAAUUGCUAGAAUGGGAAAACAGUCGACUUUACAAUAAGCUGGGACUUCGCUGGCGUCUCACGAAGCAGCAUUGCGACUCGUCUUCCAUGAUGGAGUAUGUACUUCUCAUAGAGUUCAUCCCCAAAAUACCAAUAUACAGGCCGGACUAGACUCCCCCCUUUUUUUCGCAUCUAGACUUACUGUUUGUAAAUAUAAAAAAAAUCAUCUCAUCAGCAUCACAUUGAUGAUUCUUUGUACGCCUAUAUUCAUGUUACCCGGUUACAUACUUAUUGUAAACAUUAUUUUAUAACAAUUAAUAAAAUAAUUACAACGCUAUGUAUAUUUUGCACUAUGAAUUCAUCUUUAUUGAGAUAAAAUAUAUUUAUGCAAAGAACAGAAAUAAUUUUAUUGCAAAUAUAAAGAAGUUUAGGCAUUAUUAAUAGCUUCAACUGAGUGCUAUGUGAUUACAAUCAAUUCUGUUAUUUUCUGAAUAGUUUAUGAAUUUGCAUGGCCAAAGCAAAACUAAAACGGAUGGUAAAACAAAGAAUUCUUAUCAAGUAUAUAGUAAAAAGGCAUUGUAAAUAAAAAUCUAAAACGUAUUAAUAUGGACAAAUAAGUGGUGUUAUUCGCUUUUUAUGUAUAGAUGUCGCAUUAAAAAAGUGAAGCUUACGAUUAUGUUUGAAAAUGCGAAUGUUAACUUAAUGUGUAAAAUUAUAUAAGGUUUCUCAUGAUGAUCUAAAGAUUGUUCGGGUGGCAGUUGGAAUGGAAUCACGCCUGUUUGGUGCUGGCUUGGAGGGCUUUGAUAUUCACCGAAUUAUCAUUUAGUCGGUCUAAUUCUCGACUGACGAUUAUAACAAUCGAAUUUAUGUUUGUAUUGCAAUGUUUUCUUACGAUCUAGAUCUCAACUUGUAGACAUUGCUUCAGAUGGUCUUUUUAUCUGAUAGUUUAUGUUACAUUGUUUUCUUGAUCAUACUUAACCACGGUUCCUAAAUAUUUUUUGUAUUGUGUAUACUGUGUUUAUAGAUCUAUUUGUACAAAUGAAAUUGUACAAAAUAUAAUAUGUCUAGAACAAAGAUAUUAGUUUUACUAAAUACGUUUCUUAUUGUGUUACAAUUCAUAAAAUAUAAAACAAGAAUGGGUGAUGUCCAUGAACGUGAAAACACCUACAUGUCAAAUCUAUUUUUACUGAGGCAGACAUUGCUCUUGUAAAUUACUCUCAAUUCAUACUAAUCGCUUUUAUUGUUUGCGUCGUUCUGAUGAUAUAGUUCACUUCAUGUUGUUAACAGAUUGAAUGUCAAAAGUGAUGUACAUUGUACAACUUGUAUCUGAAUAUCAACAAUCUUUUUAGAGUUGGAGUAGUGCGAUGCCAUUAGACAACAGUCAUUGUUAUGAGGAAAUAAUCUUUUCAAGAUUAUGUUAAGGAAACGUUCGGGACUGUGUUAUUAGAUGAUUAGUUAUUUCAUAGAGCAUAUAUAUUAUGGUAUGUAUUCUACAUUAGAAUCCAAACCCUCUUUUCCCUUUUCAACAUGUUGUGAAUGAGUCACGUAAGCGUAAUAAAAAGCUAAAUCUUCGCCAUUGCAUAUUAUGAAAUAUUUAAUUUAUGUUUGAUAUUUGUCAUAUUCUGGUAAUUCUGUAUAUUGGUCUUGCCAUCAACAAGUUAUGAACUGUUUUGUUCAAAGCAACGGUUGAAAAGCGAACAGGGUAUGUUGACAUUAAGUGGUAAACUAAGGAAUUGUAAAUAUUUUAUGUACCUAUAGAUUAUUUUUGUUCAAAUAUUAAAUCUCACUAAUGUGAAGAAAAUAA